AAACCUUCGAAGGAAAGGAGAAAAAUAACAGGAGGAGUAAUCUCGUUAACUAACUAAUAACCACCUCUUCUCUCCGGCUCUCCCCUUCCCGCGCCGCCGCCGCCGCCGCGGAACGGCCUAGGGUUUCCCUGUACGGCGGCGGGGGGAUGGCCGGGGCGCCGCCGCCGCCAGCGCGGUCGCUCGCCGACCUCGACGGAGACGUGCUGGCCCACUGCGCCCGCUCCCUCGUCGCCCGCGACGUCGCCAGCCUCGCCGUGGCCUGCCGCCCGCUCCGCGCCUCCGCCUACUGCGACGCCGUCUGGUACCGCCUCUUCAGGAACCAAUGGCCAUCUCAACAAGUACCUCGUGGAGCUUUGGGACUUCGAGAGCUAUAUAUUCGCAGGCACACUGAAGUACAUCAGAUGAAAUUUGUUGAUCCCAUUUCGGCUUUUUAUUAUCCAAAUCCCACGGAAGUGACACCAAGCCAUCUAAUGCUGGAUAGGAACUACAUAUGGUUAUCUCAAGGUCUAAUGGUCAGAAGAUUGAGGGUUGAUUGUCCAGAAAUCGAAUUAGUGGAAACCUACAAGUCUCAUGGUGCAAGGAUCACUUGUAUGAGAUUAUUCCCACUGAUUGAUAUCCCAUUGUUUCGAGGUGAUUCUCAAACAAAUGAAAAGGCAUUAGUCACUUCAAGUGCAGAUAGGACAGUCCGUCUUUGUUGGAAGGGCCACUCACGGUGUUUUAGGGGCCAUUCAGGGCCCGUGACUGCUCUGUCUGACAAAUUGCUUGGUGAUGGUGAAUUUAAACUACUUGCAAGUGGAGGGGAAGACUGCACUGUUCGCCUCUGGUCUAUGAGUACAAGAGGCAAAAAUCACCCUCUAAUAUCAACAUUUCAUGGCCAUGAAAAAGCACUGUCACUUCUAUCUGUUGCCAGGCACAAACCCUCCCUGCUGGUCAGCUGCUCCAAAGAUUCAAAGGUUAAACUUUGGGACACAAUGGCACCACCUUCCUCUGGUUCAUCAUCGUGUGUUGGGAGUACUCACCUAAGCACAAACAGUGCACCAAUUGCAGUGAAGUGCCAUGAAUCCCUUUGUUACAUUGCUGCUGGGUCUGAAGUGACGACAAUUGAUUUGAGGACAAUGAAGAAGGCUUCUGUUCUUGCGCUUCGUGACCAUAGAAUACUAUCUUGUGAAAUGCUGCCUUCGGAAUGGUUAAUCUGUACCGGCAUAAAAAACAAGGCUCUUCUGUGGGACAUACGCAAGUCUCAAGAACUCCCAAAUAUAGUGGCAGAAUUGCAAUCAGAAUCAGACGAACCCGUGACAUUUCUUCACUUGGAUCCAUACAAGGUGAUAACUGGAGCACCAUCAGAUGGUCAGGUCCAUGUCUGGGAAACACAGACGGGCCACUUUGCGAACACACUGAGCUGCGGUGAGCCUGCUAAAUCGGCAGACAGAAGCACACUAUCAGCCAUGGCUGUGGACGGGUGUAGGAUCGCCAUGGCGGGGAGCUCCGCCGAAGUCGACAUGGUUCACUACCGAGACUUUCUCAUGUCAUCUGUCCCUGUAUCUUUACCUGGCAACAGCAAGGAGGUUUCCAGGUUCUGGGGGCCCCAAGAAUACAGUGACGAUGAGGACGAGGACGAGGAUGACAGCAACGACGAGGAUGACAGCGACGAAGAAGACCAUGAUCAUGCUUGGCUCGUGGACUAAGUUUUCCCGUGGCACGGUUUGUUAGACAAAUAUUUGGUUGAUCACUACAACUGGGACAAAGUCACGCUAUUUUUGGCCAAAGCGUCCCAUGGCAUGAUGGCCAUUGAUACUGUGAUGUGCCAUCCAACAAGCUCUCUCCAGUUUGGCUAACAGAGGCUAUGAUUUGCAGAGAAGAAAAGAGGUAGCAUCCCAUCUGGAAGAUAUUUUCGAGCAAGCUCUGUAUCAAAUAGUAGCAUCUUUUGCCAAGUGGAGCCGCUCAUGCUGGCAUCACGCAGGACAGGAAAAACACAUUGUGUAAGACGUUGGUGUGCACAAGGGGAGGAAGACUGGGCGUCGCAUUACCGUGGGCGCCGCAGGUGUUAACCCAUCAUACCGCUGUGUGCUGUGUCAGUGCUUUGGACUUCGCAAUCCUGGAGGCUGGAGGGAGAUAAUGGUACAUAUGGGUCCCCUUUAUUUAUGCGUUCAACUCCUAUUUGAUCUGCUUCGAUAUGUUAACAGCCAAGGUGCCCACAGAUUCGAAAUGUUGUGAGUUGUAGUUAAGGAUGUCUGGCUUGUGGUUCUGUUGUUUGACAACUUAGGAUUGAUCAACUUAGAUAAGUGUUUUUGUUUGUCGGGUUGCCGAUGAUCCUAUCAGCAACGCUAGCUUAGGGUGGGUGUCACUAAUUUAUUUGGUGAUGCCAGCUUAUAAGAUUUGUGAAAAGGAGCGAAGAUUAUGGUUGAUACCUGUUCAAAUACCUUUGUGUGUGGUGAAGUUUGUCAGCAUCGUGGAUGCAUUUGUAUGCUUGUAUCUCUUGCGGUUUUUCAAUAUGUGAGGUAUCUUUGUUCUUUGUUGAUAGGUCAUGUCUUAUUUUUUUUUGUGCAACAAUGAGGUUGUAAUACUUUAAUAUAAUCAACCUUGUUUUGUAAAAAAAAGAACUUAGAUAA